UCUAAGCUGGGGACAGCGGAAGGCAGCGGGACAAAUGGUUGAGUGGCGCUCACAGGGAUGGUUCCUCACCCGUGCCUGCUGGCCGCCAAGGACGGGGACCUGGAGACGCUGAAGGGCUUGGACGCCCACGGCAGGCUGAAUGGGGACAUCGAGGAUCACCUGGGAGCCUCCCCGGUCCAUCUGGCGGCCAGGGCCGGCAGGCUGGACUGCUUGAAGUUUCUCAUCACACAGGCUAAGUUGUCAGCGAACAAAAGGGCCAAAAACGGAGCGACCCCCACCCACGACGCCGCCGCCACCGGGAACUUGAGGGCACUCCAGUGGCUGACCAGCGCCGGUGGCUGUGACAUUCAGGACCGGGAUGACCACGGAGCAAAUGUUCUGCACCUUGCAGCUCGAUUUGGCCGAUCGGAAACUGUGCAGUGGCUGCUGCAGGCUGGGUGUGAUCCCAUGUUGGAGACGGAUGGUGGGGCGGUGCCAGCACACUAUGCAGCUGCUAAGGGAGACUUUGCAAGCCUGAAACUGCUUAUCGCACAAGCUCCAAGGGCUCUGAACAAGCAAACUCACAAUGGUGCUACUCCCCUCUACUUGGCCUGUCAGGAAGGACACCUUCACAUCGUUGAAUUCCUCGUCAAAGACUGCAAGGCCAAUUUGAACCUGCGAACACACGAUGGGAUGACAGUUCUUCAUGCAGCCGCACAGAUGGGCCACUGUGCCCUGGUGCUGUGGCUGAAAUCGUUCACCAACACCGAUGUUUCUGCACAGGAUAAUGAGGGAGCAACUGCAAUGCAUUUUGCUGCCAGCGGAGGGCACGCCAAGGUCGUGGAACAAUUAUCAAGGAUGGGAGUCGGGAUGCUGAAGGAUAACUGGGGUGGAACACCACUGCAUGAUGCUGCGGAGAAUGGGGAGCUGGAGUGCUGUCAGAUCCUUGUCAUGAAUCAUGCAGACCCCACCGUUCAAGAUGAUGAUGGUUAUACUGCCGCUGAGCUGGCAGACUACAAUGGAAACGUGGAGUGUGCCAUGUACUUGCGGCACGUUGAACAAAUGCUCCCACCGGAGGAGCCUCCUGUUUCUGUGCAAAGGCAAAAAUCGAUUUGCAGAUCAAAAAGCAUCGUGAAACGGCAGAGCAGAGGUGACUACUACCAGUCAAUUAACGAGGGCCGCAGGCAGCUGAGCAACUUUCAGCAAGGAAUGGAGGAUGGCAAGAGCGAAAACCUAAAGCUGAAAGAGACGUCAAAAGAGAAAGCAGUGGUCCCACUCUCUGUUGAGGAGGUCCCUUCCACUGACGUGGAUUUGCUGGUACCCACACAUGAUGAGAAAGGUCGCCCCAUACCAGAGUGGAAGCGCCAGGUAAUGGUCCGUAAACUGCAGGCACGACUGCAGGUUGAGGAAGAGCUACGGAGAGAGCACAAAGGAAGAGGUUACCCACAGACAGAGAUAUGGAGGUAUUCCCAGGAACACAAUGCCAUAUUGGGCCCCUUUGGAGAGCUCUUGACUGAGGAUGACCUUAUCUACCUGGAGAAGCAGAUUGAAAAUGUCCAAGUGAUGAAAAGGUGCCAGGAAUACGAAGGCGAGCUGAACCGUUUGGCAGUUCAGCUGCGAACGAUUCUUCCUGCUCCCAUCGUCAACAUCACCGUCAAUACUCAACUUCAGGAUUCGGGCAAGGAGGAGAACACGCCCUUGCCAGUCUGGUGCAACAGGAUAUCUGGGAUAGUGAGGACUAUGUCACUCCUCUUGUCAAACGUGAAUGACAAAGAUCGCACAGAUAAUGAAAGCAAGGAGAUUACUAGAAUGCCCAAUGUGGAACUGGCAGCCGUCUUCACUCCAAGGCAUGACCAAACAUCUUCAAGAAAGAGCAGGAACAAGGUAGAAAAAGAGAUUCACCAGUUUGGUGUGUCUGUGCGCACCCUCAGGGCCAAUUUUGAAAAGCAAUGUGUGAUGAAAGAUAAAAUGUUGGCAAGCACCAAUCCACUGGAAAAUCAGGAAAGUAUCUUUGAAAACAAAAGUAAUAAUGAGUUCUUUCCAAUGGGCCCUGAACAUAGAGAUGAAGCUCAGAGUGUAGAAGAUGUGUGUCAUGCUACCACUACUUGUGAAGGUGAAUCUUGGCAAAAGGAUAUCACUGGGAUUCAAGGGAAUGAGUUGAGUGGAGAACAAACACAACAGGUCCGACGGUUAGGCAGCAUGGGGGGCACAGGUGAAUCUGGAAUUAACUCAAAGAACGAGGUGGGGGAAGACCGUGCCUCCUGUUCCCCUGUGACAGAGUCGACUAGCCUGAGGAAAGAAAGGAUAGUUGUGUUAUUCCUGGGUCAUUGGAAAAAAUCAACUUACACUAUGUCUUUGAAAGUGAAACUCAAAAACUUGUGUACAUCUGCUAUUGGUGAAAAUAGCAAUGAGCCAGCAAAUGAUGGAGAGAUGACUGAAACAGAGUGUGGUGGUAAGCCGGAGUUGGAAACGCAUCAUGAACCCGAGUCCAAACUGUCCAUUCCAAAUGAAAAACUUAGGCAUCUGUUCCUGCAGAAAAGGACCAUUACCAAACUCAUUGGCAACUGGAGAAACAUCAUCUCCCAUGUCCCUUCCAGACAAAUUAGGCGAUUGUAUCGGCAGAGGGUGACCUAUUCACCUGAACAGUUUCUCCCUCGUGUCAAUGGUGUUCCUGCUGACUACAAUAGUCUGACCCUUGACCUUUUCAUGUUGGGAUACUUUCACAUCCUUGAACUUGACCUGCCACCGGAUGAAAGGAAAAUGAGGCAUCUUCUGUGCUUCGAGGUGUUUGACCACUUGGGAAAAUUCAGUUGGGACUUGGUCCGUGCAUUCCACAAGGCAGUCAUUGAGGAGAUCGAUGCUGGCAAAAGGGAAUGGAAGAAUGGAUUUGAAGACAUUAAACAAAGGUUCUUCAGCAACCCUGAAAACCUGAUAGCUACGCCCACGCAGUCCGAGGCGACUAUAAGACCGGUGCCCAAGGUCAUUGUGCAAAGUGCCACACCCGAAGAGGACGAACUGCUCACGGGCUACGGCUACUCCUCUGACCUCGGAGCUUUCAGCAAUGAUGAGAUUUGCAAGUACAUUGACAGAAGCUUUGCUUUCUGGAAGGACAAGGAAGCAGAAAUUUUUGAUUUUGAGGAAUGAGUUCCGAAGGACUAUCCAUUCUGCGGGAACAGAUAGAGUUCCUUCAACUGAUGGAAGACACCAUGCCACAAUGGCUAAAGUGGAUUCAAGGGUCAAAGACUAAAAGGCUUUAUGACCUAGAAUAAAAAGCACAGAUGUUUUGUUGUAUGUAAAUUCCUUUUGCAGCCUUGUUAACGUUAAUACUGACUGGUCUUAUGUUUCAAUUCUUCCUAAAUGUUAACUAGCUGUAUAAAAUCAAUACAUAGUCACUGAACAGCAGAACCUUAAAAAAUUAAUCACUGCAUCUGAUGAAGCACCAUUUGAAGUGUUAUUAAUGUUGUAAUGUACAAAAUAUGGUAGCCUUGUUUACGUACAGUAACAUCUGUCUUGCAUACAAUGAUUGAUGGCUUCAACUGAUGUCCACGAGCUUCCAGUUGUAUGUCGUUCUAAGUCUCUUUCCCACUCCCACAACAACCCGUGCGUCCAUAGCCAUCUCCAAUGCUACAGAAAGGCCAAACACAAAUUGGAAGAACUCGCAUUCUGUUUUGGUAGCUUACAACCGAAGGUACAGUAUCAACAUUGAAUUUAACCCAUGCCCCCUUCAUCUCCACCCACACAGAGCCACCUGUCUAUCUAGUUUCUUUCUCCCUUCAUUUACCUGUCCCACCUCCCACCCACACACUUACUUCCAUUUGCCCAUUCUUUCAUCCCUAGCAAGUUCCACCCUUCAGUCUCCCUCCCACCCCUCCCCCCUCACACUGGUAUAUGCUGGCAAUCUUUCCGCUUCCCCCCUCCGUCCUGAUGCAGGAUCUCAACCUGAAACGUUGCCUUACUCUUCUGCCUCCACAAAUGCUGCUUGUCCCGUUAAAAUCUUCCAGUAUUCCACUUUUUGGUCCAGACACCAGAAUCUGCAAUCUCCUUUUUCUUCGCUUCACUGAAUCAAAUUGGUCUGUAUUAGAGUGAAAUUUAAUCCAACAGAUGAAUUUCCAUCUCGUUAGUGCUUCCUUGCCUCCCUGUCACCAGAAUGGGACAUCUUUGGGCUUUGUGCUGGCCUGACCAUGUUGAGUGGAUGUAACUUCAAACGUCCCCAGCAGAGAGGUUGGAUAUGGCUCAGCCCAGAACUCAAAUUCCCUCCUGGGACAAAUAAAGUUCUAUCGUAUCGUAAAUCGAAAGCUUAGAUUCUGGCAGUUGAUGAAACACGACAAGUUUACACCUUUUCUCAGAAACUGGACCUCCUAUUCAUCCUGUCAGAUUUGUCCAACUCCAUUCUGGGCCUUUGAAGGUUGUGCUGAUUAUUAGGUAAGGUUUGUUUGAGUGAAUGCAAGUGCAGUUUGGAUGUCCUGAAGAAACGUAUUUAGUUCUUCCCUAUUUGCCCCAAGAGGUUAACAACAGCCAACAAAUUCUUCCAGAUACUACACAGAAUUUAAUACAAACACAAUGAGUCCUUGAAUGUCAAGGACCCCACUUCACCUCAACAGCAUGAGGACUCGGAGAAUCAUUAUGAGUUCCUUCCUUCGGGGUAACUUGUUGAGGCUGGAUAAAGUUAAGUGGAAGUUUUGCUAUAAAAUGCCUUGCAAAAUGUCAAUAGUGUGUUGGUGUGUCACUGUUUGUUCAGCAGAAUAAUUAAAAUGAAAUGUGAAUUA